AUGCCAAUCGUGAUGGCCCGGGACCUGGAGGAAACAGCAUCUUCCUCAGAGGAUGAGGAGGUGAUAGGCCAAGAGGAUCAUCCAUGUAUCAUGUGGACUGGAGGCUGCAGGAGAAUUCCAAUUUUGGUAUUCCAUGCCGAGGCAAUUCUGACCAAGGACAACAAUAUUCGAGUAAUUGGAGAACGUUAUCAUUUGUCUUACAAGAUUGUGCGAACAGAUAGUCGCCUGGUACGCAGCAUUCUGACAGCCCAUGGAUUUCAUGAAGUUCACCCAAGCAGCACUGACUAUAACCUAAUGUGGACAGGAUCCCACCUGAAGCCCUUCUUACUUCGCACCCUCUCUGAAGCACAAAAGGUUAACCAUUUUCCCAGGUCAUAUGAACUAACCCGGAAGGACCGACUGUACAAAAACAUCAUUCGGAUGCAGCAUACGCAUGGAUUCAAGGCUUUCCACAUCCUCCCUCAGACCUUCCUGCUGCCAGCUGAGUACGCAGAAUUCUGUAAUUGCUAUUCAAAGGAUCGGGGACCUUGGAUAGUAAAACCAGUGGCCUCUUCUAGGGGACGGGGCGUCUACCUGAUCAACAAUCCAAACCAGAUUUCCCUGGAAGAGAACAUCCUGGUCUCCCGUUACAUUAACAACCCCCUGCUCAUAGAUGAUUUCAAGUUUGAUGUGCGCCUCUAUGUGCUUGUGACUUCCUAUGAUCCUCUUGUCAUCUAUCUCUAUGAGGAAGGAUUGGCUAGGUUUGCAACUGUGCGAUAUGAUCAAGGAGCCAAAAACAUUCGGAACCAGUUCAUGCACCUGACAAAUUACAGUGUGAAUAAGAAGAGCGGAGACUAUGUCAGUUGUGAUGAUCCAGAAGUGGAGGAUUAUGGGAACAAAUGGAGCAUGAGCGCUAUGCUUAGGUAUCUAAAACAAGAAGGCAGAGAUACAACUGCAUUGAUGGCCCAUGUAGAAGACCUGAUCAUUAAGACUAUAAUCUCUGCUGAGCUGGCUAUUGCUACAGCCUGUAAAACCUUUGUUCCUCACCGCAGCAGUUGUUUUGAACUCUAUGGCUUUGACGUGCUCAUAGAUUCUACUCUGAAGCCAUGGUUGUUGGAAGUGAAUCUCUCUCCUUCUUUGGCUUGUGAUGCCCCUCUGGACCUAAAGAUUAAAGCCAGUAUGAUUUCAGAUAUGUUCACUGUUGUAGGAUUUGUGUGCCAAGAUCCUACCCAGCGGGCAUCAACCCGGCCAAUUUAUCCCACCUUUGAGUCUUCCAGGCGAAACCCUUUCCAAAAAUCUCAGCGUUCCCGUCCACUCUCUGCCAGUGAUGCAGAGAUGAAAAACCUUGUGGGCUCAGCCCGGGAGAAGGUGCCGGCGAAACUAGGUGGUUCUGUGCUUGGUCUGUCAAUGGAGGAGAUCAGAGUUUUGCGGAGGGUGAAGGAAGAAAAUGAUCGGAGAGGUGGAUUUAUUCGGAUAUUCCCUACAUCAGAGACAUGGGAAAUAUACGGGUCCUACCUUGAACAUAAAACCUCCAUGAACUAUAUGCUGGCAACACGUCUCUUCCCGGACAGGGGAAACCCAAGAAGAAGCAUAUUGACAGGAAGAACACGAGUAAUGACUGAUGGUGCACCGGAAUUAAAGGUAGAGAGUAUGAAUUCAAAAGCCAGGCUGCAUGCUGCUCUGUAUGAGAGGAAGCUCCUAUCUUUGGAAGUGCGAAAACGUAGACGACGCAGUGGGAAAUUGAGGUCGAGGACAAAAUACCCAGUGAUUACCCAACAAGCUGAAAUGAAUGUUAAAACUGAGACAGAGAGUGAAGAGGAGGAAGAAGUUAUAUUAGAAAAUGAAGAUGAAGAACCGGAAGCUUCCCAGGAAGAGUUUGCAGGGUCCCUUGGAGAAAAUCAAGCCAAAUACACGUCCUCAUUGAGCACAACGGUAGAAAAUUCACCCAAAGAAAAUGCCAUGAAAGUUUCCGAAUGGACUAAUAAAGGCGAACAGUGCUGCAAAAUUGAUACUCAGGAACCAGAGCCUAAAUUUAACCUGAUGCAGAUUCUGCAAGAGAAUGGCAAUCUUAGCAAAGUGCAGGCCCGAAUAGCAUUCUCUGCCUAUCUCCAGCAUGUCCAAAUUCGCCUGAUGAAAGACAGCGGAGGUCAAACGUUCAGUGCCAGUUGGGCUGCCAAGGAAGAUGAACAGAUGGAGCUAGUGGUUCGUUUCCUCAAGCGAGCAUCAGGUAAUCUCCAGCACUCACUGAGGAUGGUGUUACCCAGCCGACGACUGGCACUUCUGGAACGCAGGAGAAUCCUGGCCCAUCAACUGGGUGACUUCAUCAUCGUGUACAACAAGGAAACAGAACAGAUGGCUGAAAAGAGAUCGAAGAAGAAACUUGAGGAAGAAGAGGAAGAUGGGGUGAAUGCAGAAAAUUUUCAGGAGUUCAUCAAACAAGCAAGUGAGGCUGAGCUGGAGGAGGUGUUGACUUUUUAUACCCAAAAAAACAAGUCUGCGAGCGUCUUCCUGGGGACUCACUCCAAAGGCUCUAAAAACAGCAACAGCUAUUCUGAUAGCGGAGCAAAGGGUGAUCACCCUGAGACAAUGGAAGAAGUGAAAAUAAAGCAGCCCAAACAGCAACAGGCAACAGAAAUUCACUCUGAUAAACUAUCUCGACUUACCACUUCAGCAGAAAAAGAGACUAAAUUAGUCUUUACCAAUCCUUCCUCUGCUUCUUUUUCUGGUCCUGCUGCUACUCUUCUGCAGAAAGUUCCCAACACCCAUUUGUCAUCUAUUGUUACAACCUCUGACCUCUCUCAAGGGCCUGGUCACCAAUCUUCUUUAUCUCAGAUUCCUCCAGCCAUCCCCAGCGUGCCUCACCAGCCAACAGUGUUGCUGAGCACAGCCCCUGACAGUGCUUCUCCCUCCACACAUCCUGGGACACAGAAUGUACCAAGCCCCGCUGGCCUGCCACGCUGUCGAUCCGGCAGUUACACCAUUGGCCCCUUUUCCUCUUUCCAGAGCGCUGCACACAUCUACAGCCAGAAACUGUCUCGUCCCUCUUCAGCAAAGGCAGCAGGUUCAGGCCAUCCAAAUAAGCAGCAUUCAGGAGCAGCCAAAAUGCAAAAGGAGGGAGAAGAUGUUCCUUCAUAUAGCCGGCGGUACAGCCAGAGCAUGGUGACAGCUGAACUUCAGCGGCUCGCCGAGAAGCAGGCGGCGCGGCAGUACUCGCCCUCCACUCACAUCAGCCUCCUCACCCAGCAGGUAUCAAACCUGAAUUUGACAAGUGGUGUCAUAAACAGAAGCAGUGCUUCAACUCCCCCCACCCUUCGGCCUGUCAUCAGUCCUAGUGUCCCAACAUGGUCAAUUCAGUCAGACCCCCAAGCUCCUGAGAGCCACCCCACUCCUCCUGGAAGCAGGCUACGUGUCAACUUGGAUGAGGAAGACGCUGUGAAGGGCCUCCAGGCAGGUGGCUUUGCCUGGGAGGGAGAGGUAGAAAACAACGCGUAUAGCAAGGCUACCGGGGUAGUCCCCCAGCACAAGUAUCACCCCACAGCUGGCAGUUACCAACUCCAUUUUGCCCUGCAGCAACUUGAACAACAAAAACUUCAGUCCCGGCAGCUUCUGGACCAGAGUCGAGCCCGGCACCAGGCUAUCUUUGGCAGCCAGACACUACCUAACUCCAAUUUAUGGACAAUAAAUAAUGGUGCAGCUUGCAGAAUUUCAAGUGCCACAGCUGGUGGCCAGAAGCCAGCCACUCUGCCACAGAAAGUGGUGCCACCUCCAAGUUCUUCCUCAUCCCUGGUCCCCAAACCCCCAUCCAAUCACAAACAAGUCCUCAAAAAGGCAACAUCGCAGAGGGCUUCCAAAGGGUCCACCACGGAAGGGCAGCUGAACGGACUCCAGAGCAACCUUAACUCUGCUUCAGCCGUACCCAUCGCCAACUCCUCAGAUCCUGCUCCCUCUAAGAGAUGA